CCUGCGGCCCCGACCUUCAGUGUACAAUCGUGGACUUGAGUCUCGUCUCACCGCCGUUCAUCUGCUUCGAGGAGGAGACCUUCACCUACCAGGACGCCGACGAGCUCAGCAACCCGGGCCACCAGGGUGUUCCUGCAGAGCGGACUCGUCCGAGGGGGCGACGCGGUGACGAUGUUCCUGGGGAACGAGGCGAUGUUCACGCGGCUCCGGCUGGGCCUGAUGAAGAUCGGAUGUUCCGCCACUUUCCUCAACUGCAGCAUCUGGUCCAGGUCCCUGUUGCACUGCUUCAGCUGCAGCCUUUGAGUCGAACCAGGUGGCGUUGAGCCGCGUCUGCUGUUUGAUGCUGGCGUCCGGCUCGAGCACCUUGGAUGCAGACGCCUGCUGAGCCUCACUGAAUUUGCCCGGAGGAGCCAAGUGGAAAAUAAACUGAAUGAGUUGAUAGAGUCUGACGUCCCACCCCAGCAGCCAGCAGCAGUCAGAAACCAACUCAACACAACACACAACCAGCGACACAAGCUCACAGCCUGGCUGAAACAAAUGAAUCUACUACAGUCACAAAACUAGUGGAUGGAUGGCGACGCCACGAGAGAGUGACAUCACCGUUGUGGGAUAUUGGUGCAAACACCGGGGAAUGUGUGGCAACAACAACCCCCCGAUCUGGACACUUGAAACCGCUGCGCAGUGGAGGAGGGGUCAGAGGAGAGAGCUGGUGAACUUUGUCACAAAUAAGCCGAGCGCCGCGCAGAGGGAGCGCAGCGCAGCGCGUCUCCUCCGCUCAGUCUCUCUCCUCCUCUCUCUCUCUCUCUCUCUCUCUCUCUCCCUCCCUCUCUCCCUCUCUCUCAGACACUCGUGCCUCCGGCUCCGUGUCGCCCUGCACCAUGUCCAUCUGCCUCACGGUCCUGGUCGGCCUGGCCAUCCUGUGCCUGUCGCUGCUCGGCACACUGUCCCCGUACUUCGGCGAGGACUGCGCGUACAUCCUGCGGAGCGUGCGCCUCGGCGCCAGGCUCGUCAAGUACAAGAGAGUCAAACCCUUCUACAGCCUCCUGGAUCGCUUCCUGGACGCGGCCCGGGCUCACCCCGCCAAGACCUUUGUGCACUUCGAGGGUCGAGAGUAUUCUUAUGGCGAGGUGGACAAGCGGAGCAACCAGGUGGCCCGCGCCCUGCAGGCGGACGCGCGGCUGAAGGAGGGGGACGCGGUCGCCCUGUUCCUCGGCAACGAGCCCUGCUUCGUGUGGACCUGGCUCGGGUUGGCCAAACUGGGAUGUCCCGCCGCCCUGCUGAACUUCAACAUCAGGUCCAAGUCCCUGCUGCACUGCUUCUCCUGCUGCGGGGCCAAAGUGCUCAUCGUCUCCCCAGAGCUGCAGGACGCCGUGGAGGAGGUUCUACCGAUGCUGAGGGAGCAGGGCAUCGCCGUGUACAUCCUGUCGGACAGCUGCGGCGUCCAGGGCAUCAACUCUCUGUCCGACAAGAUCUCCCGGGCCUCAGAUGAGCCUCUGUCCCGGGACCUCAGAGCCAACGUCACUAUCAGGAGCACCGCUCUUUAUAUCUAUACGUCAGGCACCACAGGUUUGCCCAAAGCAGCUGUUGUCACCCACGAGAGGGUGUGGGCCGCCUCCUUCCUCCAGGCGGCAUGUGGAAUCACAGCAGACGACGUCUUCUACAUCAACCUCCCCAUGUAUCACAGCGCAGGCUUCCUCAUCGGGAUGGCGGGAGCCAUUGAGAGAGGUAUGACCGUUAUUCUGAAGAGAAAGUUCUCUGCCUCUCAGUUCUGGGACGACUGCAGGAAAUAUAAUGUGACAGUGAUGCAGUACAUCGGGGAAACAAUGCGCUACCUCUGCAACACGCCCAAGAAAGACAACGAGAAGGACCACAAAGUGAGGAUCGCCAUUGGCAACGGGGUCCGGACGGACAUCUGGUCGGAGUUUCUGGAUCGCUUCGGCGACAUCAAAGUCAGAGAGUUGUACGCCGCCACGGAGGGAAACAUCGGCUUCAUAAACUACACGUCCAAGAUCGGAGCGGUGGGGCGGAUCAACUUUGUCCACAGGUUUUUCUUCCCCUACACGUUGAUCAAGUUCAACAUCGAGAGGGAGGAGCCAGUCAGAAACUCUGAGGGUCUGUGUGUCGAGGCAGCCACAGGUGAGACGGGACUAUUGGUGGGAAGGAUCACUCAGAGGUCUCCCUUUGUCGGGUACGCUGGCAACACGCAGCAGACGGAGAAGAAGAGGCUCUACGACGUUCUGAAGAAGGGCGACAUGUACUUCAACACGGGCGAUCUGCUUCGGUUCGACCACGAGAACUUUGUGUACUUCCAGGAUCGAGUCGGCGACACGUUCAGAUGGAAAGGAGAGAACGUCGCCACGUCGGAGGUGGCCGACAUCCUCACGAUGUCUCGCUGCAUUUUGGAGGCGAAUGUCUACGGUGUUAAAGUUCAAGGUCAUGAAGGGCGCAUCGGCAUGGCAACGGUCACGUUGAAAGAAGGAAAAGAUUUUGACUGUUCGGACGCCUACAAGCAAGUGGUCAACUACCUGCCCGCCUACGCGAGACCUCGAUUCAUCAGAAUACAACCCUGCCUGGAGUUGACGGGGACGUUCAAGAUGAAGAAAGUGAAGCUGGUGGAGGAGGGAUUCAACCCGGCGCACAUCGGCGAUCCCUUGUACUUCCUGGAUCCCGAGAAAAAGAGCUAUAUCCCCAUGACGGAGGAGAUCUACGGCGCGAUCGCGGCGAGGGAAAUCAAACUCUAACUCUGUUUUGUUCACAGAGGUUGAACAGCACAUCUCGUGGACACUUUUUCUUUCUUUUUUUAAACGCAAUCGACUAAUCUCAGGGGCACACUGACUGUGAUACGUCACGUCGUCAUCAUGGUCAUCUCAAGAGAGACCACUGAACACAACUACCUUUCAUCAUCUCUACCGGUUUGUAAAUGCUGACAGAUUGAUAUGCAGGUAUGUCUCACUACUGUUGUACUUUUAAUAAUUAAACUCUGAUUCUCUUUCCCCCUCCCACCCUCUCAAUUUAGGAUGAAUUGUUGCCUGUACAUUUUUUUCUUUAGUUUAAAGCCUGAUUUUAUUAUUUCACAUUAGACUGAAGAUAAGGUGGCGUUUAAAAAACAAAUUCAGGAUUCCAACUUAUUAAGCCUACUCAUGUCACAAAUCAGCGGUGGGUUUAUCAGUGUACCUUUGCACUGAUGGUACACAGCCAGUCUUUAUCAGAUUGUGUGUGACGACUCUUUCUGUUAACCCACAGUGUUAUCAUGUAACGGUAGCGGGGAAUGUCUCUGUCUUUGGUUAAAUCUGCCCUGUCAUUAAUCUACCAGCGUGCUUGUAACCACAUUUGUGGGCCGAGUCGCCGUGCGGCGAGUGACUCUGAGGGGAUCACUGACCUCUGACAUGAAACAACACUCAGACAUUGUCACAAGCUGUGUCAUACGGCAAACAUGACCGCACAAAGUCAAAGAAAGUUGCAUCAUUCUUAGUGUCGUCUGACAGAAUUUGAACUUCCUCCUUCGCUUAAAAAUGUGUUUUUACCUAUUGAGCAAAUGUCCGUGUUUCACAUAAACCUGCAUCUCAGACACGCACAAAGUGAUUUCAUGAACAGUUCUAUGAUGAUCAUAGUUGAAGCAGGUAAUCUUUUGAUUUGAUUUUUUUCCUUUAAAUCAGGAAUAGAAUUUUUAGUGAUGUAUCUGAACUUUUUUUUUGUUGAAAACCGACGUCAGAUACUUAAAUAUAUGUAGAGAUUUGAAUAAAGGAAGUCAUUUUGGAUUAAA